AUGUUGAGACACAUUUCGAACGGGUCGAGCGCUUCGGCGUGUCGGCGGUUCAGCACAACAAGCGCCGAGUUGCAGAAGUUCAACAAGUACUCCUCGAUUUUGACCACGUCCAAGUCGCAGGGUGCUUCGCAGGCCAUGUUGUAUGCUACCGGAUUCAAGGACGAGGACUUUGCCAAGGGCCAGGUUGGUGUUGGGUCGGUGUGGUGGACGGGAAACCCGUGCAAUAUCCACCUGAUGGACCUGAACAACCGGUGUAGCAAGGCCGUGGAAAAGGCCGGCCUGAAAGCCAUGCAGUUCAACACGAUUGGUGUUUCCGACGGUAUCAGUAUGGGAACCACCGGUAUGCGGUACUCUUUACAGAGCCGUGAGGUGAUUGCGGACUCGUUUGAGACGAUCGUGAUGGCCCAGCACUACGACGCAUGUAUUGGUAUCCCAUCGUGCGACAAGAACAUGCCCGGUGUGCUUAUCGGGUUCGCCAGACACAACAGACCGUCCAUCAUGGUUUACGGAGGAACCAUUUUGCCCGGCUCCGGAACCUGUGCCGGAGUGCCCAAGACGCUGGACGUGGUUUCUGCGUUCCAGUCGUACGGCCAGUACCUGAGCAAGUCGAUCAACGAGGAGCAGAGACAGGACAUUGUGCGGAACUCGUGUCCUGGACCAGGAUCUUGUGGAGGAAUGUACACCGCCAAUACCAUGGCCUCUGCGGCCGAGGUGAUGGGCAUGUCGCUGCCGGGAUCGUCCUCGUCGCCCGCCGUGUCGGCAGAGAAGGGCGCCGAGUGCGACAACAUCGGCGAGUCCAUGAAGACGCUGCUUCGGUCCGGCCUGACUCCGCUGGACAUCAUGACCAAGCCGGCCUUUGAGAACGCCAUUGCCUACGUCAUCGCCACGGGAGGGUCCACGAAUGCCGUUCUGCAUCUGCUGGCCAUCGCCAACUCCGCCAACGUCGACCUCACCAUCGACGAUUUCCAGGCCAUCUCCGACAAGACUCCGCUGCUCGGAGACUUCAAGCCGUCUGGAAAGUACGUCAUGGCCGAUCUGCAGAAGUACGGCGGCACGCCCGCCGUGAUGAAGUUCCUGAUGCAAGAGGGAAUCCUCAACGGCGACCUGCCAACCGUUACCGGAAAGACCAUGAAGGAGAACUUGGAGAAAAUGCCUGGUCUUCCAAUCAACCAGGACGUGAUGCGUCCUGUUUCAGACCCUAUCAAGCCAAGAGGCCACCUGCAGAUCCUCAAGGGCUCGCUUGCUCCAGGAGGAGCAGUUGCCAAGAUCACAGGAAAGGAAGGAACCUACUUCAAGGGUGCUGCCAGAGUGUUUGAGGAAGAACAGGGCUUUAUCGAGGCUCUUGAGAGAGGAGAGAUCAAAAAGGGUGAAAAGACCGUGUGCAUCAUCAGAAACGAGGGUCCUAAGGGAGGUCCUGGUAUGCCGGAGAUGUUGAAACCAUCCUCCGCCUUGAUGGGAUACGGACUCGGAAAAGACGUUGCUCUUCUCACCGACGGCCGUUUCUCUGGUGGCUCGCACGGAUUCCUGAUUGGCCACAUUGUGCCUGAAGCCGUCGAGGGAGGCCCUAUCGGACUGGUCAAGGACGGCGACAUCAUCGUCAUCGACUCUGACAACAACGCCAUCGACGUGCUCGUGUCCCCUGAAGAGCUCGCCGAGAGAAGAAAGCACUGGAAACGGCCUACUCCAAGAUACAAGAGAGGUACUCUCCACAAGUACAGCAAGCUCGUGUCGGACGCCUCCAAGGGCUGUGUGACCGACCUAUAA